AUGCGUCCCGCCUAUGGCGCUUCGAAAAAGCGUCGUCGCGAACCGUACAACGUCGACGUCAAGCUAGUCGAGAUCUACGAGGACCUCGCCAGCGAAAAGGACGAGAUUCGCCUCAAGGCUGCUCAAGGUCUUGUCUCACAGUUUACACCGGACAAGAACCCGGCCGAUGACCAGAUCAAGAAGACCCUGCAGAGGCUGUUCCGCGGUCUCUGCAGUAGCCGCAAAGCUGCCCGGAUUGGAUUCUCUAUUGCCCUGACCGAGAUUCUUACUCAGAUCUUCUCGGCGUCGCGGGAGUCUUCAGAAUUUGAUAUUUCGAAUGUACUCAAGAUCUGGGAGUCGCAGUCGAAUUCGUCCGGCAGCGAGUCGGGACAGGAACAACGCGAUCACCAUUUCGGCCGCCUCUUCGGCGCCGAAGCACUUAUCAAGUCCUCAAUCCUCUUCCAGUCCUCCGUGCCGUUCUCUGAAUGGACCAAGGUCCUCGAUCUCGUGUUCGAACUCGCCCAGAAAAAGCCAUGGUUGCGGGAGGAAUGUGGCUGGAUUCUAUACCGAUGUGUCUAUGAUCUCUCUGCACGUGAAAUGGAUAUCAAGUUUGUCGACGCAACCAUUGAGCGUUUGUGCUCUCAUGAUCUUGCCCGAUCUCCAGAGGGCGUUGCUGUCUGGCUCGCCGUUAAGGACAUGUUCCCCAAAGCCAAUUUCCCUGGUAAGGUUUGGAAGCACGAUGACCCGCUGGACACGAAGGAGCGCCACAGCCUGGCGAAGAUCAUGAAGGAGUCGUCCGCGGAGCAGAACGACGGUGAGAGUAAGGCCAAGUCUUCUGGAGUGUGGAACUCGAAGCUUCACUUUGCUUGGGAUGCGGUUCUUUCUCGGACCAGUGAUGAAUCGAAGGAUAAAAACUCUAAGAGCAAAUCUUCCAAGUCUACCCGCCUGACUUUCGUUGAUUUCUGGACCGAAGUUGUGGAUAAUGGCCUGUUUGCCUCCUCAUCGUCCGAUGAACGCAAGUACUGGGGAUUCCUCCUCUUCAACAAAGUCCUCAAUGAAGGCGCCCCAGAGCAGGCAACUCACAUUUUCACUAAGAACCUUGUCCGUUGCUUGAUGAACCAACUUGCCGUGGAGGACCGCUACCUGCACCGUAUGGCUGUCAAAUCAUCUAAGGCUAUUCAGACGCGUGUUUCUAAAGAGCCCGGGUUCGCCGCGGCCGCCGUCCGGGGCUUGAUGAGUACCAGCGGAACGAUCAACUUUGACCAAGUGACCAAGACCAAGACAGUCGAGAAGAUCGUGGCCGACGCGAACAGCGAUGCCCUGCAAGAAAUUGUUCCCUUGUUCGAGCAGCUCAUCCGCAGCCCAGGCACAAGCGAUGAAAAGGCUGCUACGUCGAACCGUCAGUUCAUCGCCGGCCUGCUUCUAUCCAUCGUGCGCGCGAAGGCAGCCACUGGAAACAGUGAUUCUGAGGAAGACUACCAGGCUGUGCUGGAGCAGAUUAUGUUCAUCUUCGUGCGCUUUGCGUACUUCUUGGAUAGUGGCAAGGGCUCCGAUGCUCCCCAGCCACCUGUCUCCCAGGCUACCCAGGAAUUGUUACGGAAUCGGAUCAAUUCGGCGCUGAACGGCCUCCUCACGUCGCAAAAGUUUGCGGCGACUAUUCCAUAUGCUGUGGUACGACAGAUCCGCGACGCUACAAAGUCCGAGGAAUUCGGAAAAUUCAUCAUCAAUAUGGACGAGAAGUUGCAAGAUGCUGUGAAGACUGCCUUCAAGUCACUAAAGAAACUGUCCAGCAAGGAAAAGAAGGGCGAGACCUCUAGCAUCGCGGCCUUUAAGCUUCUCUACUCCAUGACUGUCUUGCAAGUGUAUAGCGGUGACGCCGAUGCCGUCUCCAUGCUGGAUGAGUUGGACUUCUGCUAUUCCAAGUUCUUAGGUGACCAGGCCUCGAAGGAGGAGGAUACUUCUGAUGCAUCGGACGCGCUGGUUGAAAUCCUAUUGAGCUUUGCGUCCAAGCAGUCACAAUUGUUUCGCCGUAUGAGCGAGCAGGUGUUUGGUGCCUUUGCUGACCAGGUUACUGAAAAUGGUCUGGAGUCCUUGAUCUCGAUCCUGGAAGCCAAGGAGAGCCUGGCGGGUCAACAGGAGAUGUUCGAUCAACAGGAUGAUGAUGACGAUGUUGAAGAAGAGGAAGGAGAUGAUGAAGACGAUGACGACGACGUAGAGAUGGUCGAUGUGGACGAAGAGGACAGUGAUGUUGAAGUCGUCCUCGGUGGCGGCUCGGAUGGCUCGGAUUCCUCAGAUGACAAUGACGAUGAGGAAGAGAGCGAGGAAGAUGCAGCUGAAAUCGCCGACUUUGAGGCCAAGCUAGCCGCCGCGCUGGGUACACAUCGUGCCGAUCAAGACCUCAACGCCGAGGAAUCCGACUCGGACGCCGACAUGAAUGACGACGAGAUGGAAGAGAUUGACGACAAGUUAGCCAACGUCUUCCGUGCCCGCCGUCAGGCCACCUCUAAGAUCAAAGACAAGAAGGACGCACGCGAGAACAUGGUCAACUUCAAGAAUCGUGUCCUCGACCUGCUGGAGAUCUUCGUUAAGAAGUGUCACUCCCGUCUGCUCACGAUGGACCUUAUCCUCCCGCUGCUUCGCCUCGCCCGCCGCUCCAGCGUCAAGCAGAUCGCGAAUAAGGCCAACACCGUGCUGCGUGAGUACACCAAGUUGUGCAAGGGCAAUGCGCUCCCCAAGAUCGACAGUGAGGAGGGCGCCGUGGCUGUGCAAGAACUUCUGCGCGCGAUUCAUAAGGAGGCGAGUCAUAGCGGACCGUCGGCCCAUGCAACUGCCUGCAGCCAGGCUUCGUUGCUUGUGGUGAAGGUCAUAGUGGGACAUGAUAAGGCUGCGAUUGCGGACGUUGUUGAUGUGUACGCCGAGACCCGCAAAGAGCAACUGAGCAGCACCAAGUGCCACGUUCAGCCGUCGUUCUUCACGGACUGGAACAAUUGGUGUGUGUCUGCUAGUAAACAGCUGAAGAACUGA